AUGGCGACCAUGGUGUACCCGCGAGAGGAGAAGUUGAGCCAGGAUGAGAUUGUGCUGGGCACCAAGGCAGUGAUCCAAGGCCUGGAGACGCUGCGCAGCGAGCACCACUCCAUCCUGGCCAGCCUGCUGGACCCCAGGAACUGCCUGGACAAGCAGCACGAGGCCAGUGCUCUGCAGGAGAAGUCCAGCCUGCUGCGCAAGUCCCUGGAUGCCAUCGAGCUGGGGCUGGGGGAGGCCCAGGUGAUCAUUGCUCUGUCGAGCCACCUGAGCGCGGUGGAGUCGGAGAAGCAGAAGCUGCGGGCCCAGGUGCGGCGCCUGGUGCAGGAGAACCAGUGGCUGCGGGACGAGCUGGCGGGCACCCAGCAGAAGCUGCAGCGCAGCGAGCAGGCCGUGGCGCAGCUGGAGGAGGAGAAGAAGCACCUGGAGUUCAUGAACCAGAUCAAGAAGUUUGAUGACGACAUCUCCCCCUCGGAGAAGAAUGGAGAGGCAGCCAAGGACUCGCUGGAUGAUCUGUUCCCCAGCGACGAUGACCAGGGCCAAGGGCCGACGCCCGGCAGCGGGGAGGCCGCGGCUCAGCACGGGGGCUAUGAGAUCCCAGCACGGCUGCGCACACUGCACAACCUGGUGAUCCAGUACGCCUCACAGGGGCGCUACGAGGUGGCCGUGCCGCUCUGCAAGCAGGCGCUGGAGGACCUGGAGAAGACCUCGGGCCACGACCACCCCGAUGUGGCCACCAUGCUCAACAUCCUGGCAUUGGUGUACAGGGACCAGAACAAGUACAAGGAGGCUGCUCAUCUUCUCAACGACGCGCUGGCCAUCCGGGAAAAGACCCUGGGCAAGGACCACCCCGCUGUGGCUGCCACCCUGAACAACCUGGCUGUGCUGUACGGCAAGAGGGGCAAGUACAAGGAGGCCGAGCCGCUGUGCAAGAGAGCGCUGGAGAUCCGCGAGAAGGUGUUGGGCCGGUUCCACCCCGACGUGGCAAAGCAGCUGAACAACCUGGCGCUGCUGUGCCAGAACCAGGGCAAGGCGGAGGAGGUGCAGUACUACUAUGGGCGGGCGCUGGAGAUCUACGAGAGCCGCCUGGGGCCCGACGAUCCCAACGUUGCCAAGACCAAGAACAACCUGGCAUCCUGCUACCUGAAACAGGGCAAGUACAAAGAGGCCGAGGCGCUGUACAAGGAGAUCCUGACUCAGGCGCACGAGAAGGAGUUUGGCUCAGUCAAUGGAGAGAACAAGCCGAUCUGGAUGCAUGCAGAGGAACGCGAGGAGGGCAAGGACAGGCGCAAGGACAGUGUCCCCUACAGGGAGUACGGCAGCUGGUACAAGGCCUGCAAGGUGGACAGCCCCACAGUGAACACGACCCUGAAGAGCCUGGGGGCUCUGUACCGGCGCCAGGGCAAGCUGGAAGCCGCCGAGACGCUGGAGGAGUGUGCCAUGAAAACCCGCAAGCAGGGCGUGCACGCCAUCAGCCAGACCAGGGUGGUGGAGCUGCUGAAGGACGGGGGCCGGUCGGAGCGCCGGCCCAGCCGGGAGAGCCUGCCCAACAGUGCUGCCAAGGCUGAGAACGGGCCCGAGCCCGAGGACGGGAUAGGCAUGGAAUGGGCUGGGGAUGGCUCUGGAGCCCUGCGCCGGAGUGGCUCCUUUGGGAAGCUGCGGGACGCCCUGCGCCGGAGCAGCGAGAUGCUGGUGAAGAAGCUGCAGGGGAGCAGCCCCCAGGAGCCCAGGAACCUGGGGAUGAAACGGGCCAGUUCCCUGAACUUCCUCAACAAGAGCGUGGAGGAGUCGAGCCCGCCAACCAGCAGCAGCCUCUCAGAGAGCCGGGGCCUGAGCGCCAGCACUGUGGACCUGUCCAGACGCAGUUCCUUGCUGGGGUGA